AUGGUGUGUUUGCUGCGAUGGGUUCUCUGCGGGGGAUUCGUUAUAUCCCUUGUAGACACAAUCUUUGCAGCCCGCCCUCAGGCCAUUGGCAUUGAUUUCGGGCCCGAGAUGAUAACUGUCGCACAUGCGUAUAGCAGUGAUAAUGUGACGUUGCCAGCCUGUAUCAAACCUGAGCUAGGCGAUCCCUUCAACAUCUAUCUAUUCCUGCUGCGACUAGAAUCAUGGAGCGACGGCACGCUCGACGCCCUAUAUGGCCGGAAGAACGAAGGGACCUCCGGCAUUUCCAAUGCUGUGGUAAAGCUGUUUGCAAGGCUCGUAUCGUCCUUGACCUGUUGUAGCCAUGACACAGCGAACCUGUCUUGGGUAAGGCAGUGCGUCUGCAGUGCUUGGCACGGCAUCACGGCUCGGCUUCGCAGCGUCAAGAGGUCGGAACUAGAGGAGUUCACGCUGGAUGAUGUGAAGGAUGCGUUUGUCGAUAUCCUCACGCGGUUGCAGGAAGAGGCACGCACCAAGCACAACAUUGAUAUGCAAUCGGCGGUCAUCGCCCUCCCGGACUUUUUCAACCAAACCCUGGUCGAUUUGUUCCUCGAGGCGAGCCGGAAGGUUGGCAUCAUGCCUUUGGUGGAGCCCAUGAGCCGGAUGGCCGCAUCAACAUAUAGCAGCAAUGGGACUCCACGAGAGGCGGACGGGAAAUAUGUCAUUAUGGACCUAGGACAAUACUAUCUGGACCUGCGAAGUCUCAAUGUGAGUCCCCGGCCAAUGGCCCGAAAUGGGCGCCUCCCCAUGGACCCCUGGGGAAGUGCCGGUCUCGAUCGGGAUAUAACCCGCUCGGCCAUUGAACGAUCGGAAAUCCUACAGACUUGGCUUUUGCUCGGUGGAUCCAAGGCCGCUUUGCAGGAAGAAGUCCGGAAGGCGCGUGUGCUGAUACGAGAAAACAUUGAUCGCGAAGUGCUGGGGGCCGAGGACCACCAGGACCAUCACCAUAACGAAUACCCUCUGCAUCUGAAGGACCCCGACGCCACCGCUGUGCUGUCAUGGGCUGAUGUCGAAGCAGCAGAGAUGAGAUAUAUUCAAAGUAUUGCGCAGAAUGUUCAUAACUAUCUCGUUGCUGCGAACAAUCCUACCGGAGAUAUUCGGGAUGACAUGGCCCCUACCAAAAUUGAUAAAGCGUUUAUUCUGACGAGUGGGUUUGACGGAUCAUUAAUCAAGCAGAGCCUUGAACAUGCUCUUGGUGAUGUUGAGAUCAUAGGAGGACGGCUACGAGACAGCUAUCUGGCGGCCGAGGGCGCUGCUCAAGUUGGUUUAUUAUACCAGCAGGCAUGGGACCAGAGACAUCGGCUAUUAUGGAAAAAAGACGAAUUAUAG